AUCAACAUGACAACGCGUGUCACCUGAUCGUUCGCCUCCAGCCCCGGACUUGUGUAGUCUGGAAGCCGCGAUAGCUAGUAACAGUAGCACGAAUGAUUGAAACGUUAUUUAUUCCCGUGUUUACUGCAACGGAAGAUAUUACACGGCCAACAUCUGGCCUCUGAAUUUAGAUGCGCGCGCAGAGAGGACGCGCGCUCGUGGGCCCUUAACGGGUGGAGGUUGAGUUAGCUAGCUAGCUGUGUCGUACCAGGAUCGUCUCUUCGCCAGUCAUCACACACACACACACACACACACACACACACACACACACACACAGCGUUAUAUAUGUGUGGAUACCUCCUUUAACGGUCGUGAAACACGGUGCUUUGAACCAUGGCUUCCAUUCUCGACGAGUACGAGGACUCUCAAAACACCAGGCAGAGUGCGCAGCAGCACAGCCGCUUGUCGACUGCCAACAUCGGGAUCACACAUUCAGGCUUCGUGAACGUGAGACUUGAGGAAGAGAAGCCGAUAUUCAACAAGCAGAGGAUCGAUUUCACACCUCCGGAGAGGAUCAACCACCUCGCAGUCUGCAACAAUCAGCUCUGCAUGAGCCUGGGGAAGGACACCCUGCUGAGGAUCGACUUGGCUAAGCCCGAUCAGCCCAAUCAGACUGAGUUAGGGAGGAAAGAUGACAGUAAAGUGCACCGACUGUUCCUGGACCCCACAGGCUCCCAUCUUCUGAUCUGCCUGAGCACCAGUGAGUGUCUGUACCUCAACAGGAACACGCAGAAGGUGCGCAGUCUGUCCCGCUGGAGGGGCCACCUCAUCGAGAGCGUGGGCUGGAACAAGCUGCUGGGCAGUGAGACCAACACGGGACCCAUACUGGUCGGCACCAGUCAAGGCAUCAUCUUUGAGGCGGAGAUCUCAGCCACCGAGGGAAGCCUGUUCAACACCAAUCCGGAUCAAUACUUCAGACAGGUCCACUCCCUGGAGGAGGAUGGGAAGCCCGCACCAGUCUGCUGCCUGGAGGUUGAGCGGGGCCUGGAGAACAAGUACUUCAUCAUCGCCACCACCCGCAAACGCCUGUUCCAGUUUGUGGGUAAGGUGGCCGAGGGGUCGGAGCAGCAGGGCUUCAGCUCCAUCUUCAGCCAGAACCACGACCUGCUGCCCAGCUUCCAGGAGUUCCCAGCCAACAUGGGCUACAGCGAGAUCACCUUCUACACCCCGAAGCUCCGGACUUCCCCGAAGGCGUUUGCCUGGAUGAUGGGUAAUGGAGUUCUCUAUGGUCAGCUGGACUACGUCCGGCCCGAUUCCCUGCUGAGUGAUGUGCAGGUAUGGGAGUACACCCCCGACAUAGACCUCAGUCUCAACAAGCCCAUCUCCAUUGUGCUGACACAGUUCCACUUUCUGCUGCUCCUCCACGACCGAGUUAAAGCCAUCUGCACUCUGAAUGGAGAGGUGGUACAUGAGGACGUGUUCCCGGAUAAAUUCGGCACCCUCAAGAAGAUGAUCAAGGACCCGGUCGGUGGGUUGGUGUGGAUCUACACCGAGCGGGCGGUUUUCCGCUACCACAUCCAACGCGAGGCCAGGGACGUCUGGCAGAUGUACAUGAGCAUGUCUAAGUUUGACCUGGCCAAAGAGUACUGCCGAGACCGGCCCGAGUGCAUGGACAUGGUGCUGGCCAAGGAGGCGGAGCACUGCUUCCAGAACAAGCGAUACCUGGAGAGUGCCAAGUGCUACGCCAUGACGCAGAACUACUUUGAGGAGAUCGCGCUCAAGUUCAUCGAAGCCAAACAAGAGGAAGCCCUGAAGGAGUUCCUGCUGAAGAAGCUGAACAAUUUGAAACCCAGCGAGCGAACGCAGAUCACCUUGCUGGUCACCUGGCUGGCCGAGCUCUACCUGAACCGGCUCGGCCAGCUGGAGAGCGACGGCAACGACGUCAUCUUCCAGGAGACCCGCGAAGAGUUUCGCCAAUUCCUCGGCAACUCCAAGCACAAGGAGUGCCUGUUCAACAACCGCAGCACCAUCUACGACCUGCUGGCCAGCCACGGCAACGUGGACGACAUGGUGUACUUCUCCGUCGUCAUGCAGGACUACGAAAGGGUGAUAUCCCACUACUGCCAGCACGACGACUACAGCGCUGCUCUGGACGUGCUCUCCAAGCACUGUGACCAAAAGCUUUUUUACAAGUUCUCCCCGGUCCUCAUGCAGCAUAUUCCCAAAAAGGUGGUGGACGCGUGGAUCCAGAUGGGCAAGCGGCUGGACCCAAAGAAGCUCAUCCCGGCUCUGAUGAACUACAGCCAGAUGGGCAGCACGCAGCAGAUCAGUGAAACCAUCCGCUACAUGGAGUUCUGCGUGUACGAGCUGACCGUGACGGAGGAAGCCAUCCACAACUACCUGCUGUCGCUCUACGCCAAGUACAAGCCGGACUCGCUGCUGUGGUAUCUGGAGCAGGCGGGCACGCACGUCUCGGACAUCCACUAUGACUUGAAGUACGCCCUCAGGCUGUGCGCCGAAAACGGCUACCUCCGGGCCUGCGUCCUGGUUUACCGGAUUAUGGAGCUGUAUGAGGAGGCGGUGGAUCUUGCAUUACAAGUAGACGUAGACUUGGCCAAGUCGUGCGCCGACCUGCCCGAAGAUGACGAGGAGCUGAGGAAGAAGCUCUGGCUGAAGAUCGCCCGGCAUGUGGUGCAGGAGGAGAAAGAUGUGAAGAAAGCCAUGAACUGUCUGUCCAGCUGCAACCUGCUCAAGAUUGAAGACAUCCUGCCCUUCUUCCCAGACUUUGUCACCAUUGACCAUUUUAAGGAGGCCAUCUGCAGCUCCCUGGAGGAGUACAACCAGCACAUCGAGGAGCUGAAACAGGAAAUGGAGGAGGCCACGGAGAGCGCUAAACGCAUCAGGGAAGACAUCCAGGAAAUGAGGAACAAAUAUGGCGUCGUGGAUUCCCAAGAAAAGUGUGCCGCUUGUGACUUCCCGUUGCUCAACAGGCCCUUCUAUCUGUUCCUCUGUGGACACAUGUUCCACUACGACUGCCUGUUCCAGGAAGUAACCCCUCACCUGACGGCCUUUAAGCAGAGUCGUCUGGAGGAGCUGCAGAAAAAGCUGUCCGCGACCACGCAGUCCUCCAAGUCUCGACACCGCCCAGCGCCCAAGGACGAAGGAGACACUUCCAGCCUGGGAAAGGGCAACGCGGGCACAAGUCGCGAGCAGAUAAAAUCGGACAUGGAUGAUAUCAUUGCGUCUGAAUGCGUGUACUGCGGCGAACUGAUGAUCAAGUCCAUCGACAAGCCCUUCAUUGAUCCGCAGAAAUUUGAGGAGGAGAAAUCCAGCUGGCUAUGAACACGGUCUCCUUUUCGAUGUGCAAGAGACACAACGGCCCGCCAUCUGAUAUGUCAAUGAAGCUUCGCCGCCUGUCGGACCUGUUCAGUGGAAACAGACAUUCACCCGAUUGCCUGUUAGCAGUGCCUACCGUUUAAAAAACUGUAUCGCCGUCUAUUGUUCUCUCCCCGAAUACACUUCUUUUGUUGGCAGUAUUUUAAGUUGAUUUUACGACCUUUGCACUUUGUAUGGGAGAGUUCAGUAAAAGGUGGACAUUGUUGGGAGAUGAUGCGGUGAUGUAAAAUAUUGCUUGGGCUGUAAACUGUAUGCAAUGUGCUGAACCUCCUGAUUAUGACAGAAAAUAAUGACAAAGCUAGAAUUGAAUAUAACUGCACUAUUCAUCUAUUAACUACAUUAGGUAAUGCACAUGUUUUGUCAAUUGGAAACAUAACCUGCACUUAGAAACUAGCUAUGCUUCCUCGCUCAGUUCAACCACUCAACUUAAUUGUACAGGUAAUGUGGGGCAGGGCAUCAAACUUUGAAUUAACAUGUUCCCUGUUUUUGCAAUUCAAUUGUGGAUCAUUAAAGCUUGUCAGCACGGAUGAACUGAUUAUUGUCGUUGUUUGAAAGUAAUAAAUAUUGAACAAAUUAUUUCAACUA